UCUUUUUCUCCCGCCCUCCCUCUCUCUCUGACACACGGAAGUAGCAGUAACAGAUCGAACCGAACGUGUCGAGCCGAACAAAUCGCUUCAUUUUUCUCUAUUUCUUGAACAAGUAUAAUGUAUUUUAAAAGCAGAUAGACUAAUGUUUGAGGAGCUUUGCGAUUCUAAAAAUCUCUGAGAAACAUUGUUGUCGUUCAGCCUGCUCGUUCAAAGUGAAAGUAAAACGCGCGUCAGUCAAACAUGGCAGAUUAUGAGGACGAAGAUAUCACAGACAGACCAUCUCUUCUGGAGUCAGACUUAACAUGUCCGGUGUGCAAAGACAUAUAUAAAGAGCCCGUGCUGCUCUCCUGUAGCCAUAGUUUCUGUCAGGAAUGUCUAGAAGCGAGCUGGAAAAACCAGUCGAAACGGCUCUGCCCGAUGUGCCGAAAAUGCUGUGACGGAGAGACACCGAUUUCCAACCGCGCACUGAAGAACACCUGCGCAUCCUAUAAAAAAGAGAGAAGUUGGAGAGGGACGGGUUUAGACGAUAUUAUCUGUGGUUUGCACCAGCGACCAUUUCAGCUCUUCUGCAUUAAAGAUGAGGAACCUGUGUGCGUCGACUGCGUGACACUUCACCCGGGACACGAGCUGUCCCCGAUAGACCAAGGGGUGCCUUUCUGCAAGGACGAGCUUAACAUGAAAAUCAAAAUACUGGAAAGCAAGCAGGAUUCAUUCAAACGAAUGAAAAAAAAGUAUAGAGACACAAUCUCCUUUAUUGAGAGUCAGACUCAGGAGGCAGAAGUGCAAAUCAAACAGGAGUUUGAGAGACUCCGUCAGAUCCUAAAUGAUGAGGAAACAUCUAGAGUAACAGCUUUGAAGAAAGAGGAAACAGAGAAGAAAAGGAUACUGGACGAGAAGAUUGAGAGCAUCACUCGUGAUAUCUCAGCUCUCGCUGAACUUAUUCAGUCAGUGAAGAGGGAAAUGGGAGCAGAGGAUUUGAUUUUUCUGCAGAAUUUCCAGAAGCUUAAGAGAAGAACCCAGUGGACUGGUGAGGAUCCACCGAAGGUUCAAGGAGCUCUUAUAAACAUGGCCUUGCAUGUUGGUGCGCUGGGUUACAAAGUCUGGGAGAAAAUGCAGUUUCAUGUCCAGUGUUUGCCUGUAAUCCUGGAUCCCAACACAGUCUCUCCCUGGCUCUCCAUGUCUCCUGAAUUGUCCAGUGUGAAAGAGAGUCUUGAGAGGCAGUCUUUCCCAGACAACCCUGAGAGGUUUGACCCCUGUGUUUUUGUCCUUGGCUCAGAGGGUUACUCCUCAGGGCGCCACCGCUGGGAGGUCCAUGUAGCCGACAACUCCAAAUGGAUCUUGGGAGUAUGCAAGGAGUCAGUGGUUCGGAAGAGGAAGUUCACAGUGACAACAACAGCAGGUGUAUGGACCAUUGGGCUGAGUAAAGGAGUCUACAAUGCCCUGACCACUCCACGCACUGUGCUGAAUGUAGAAAGAAGGCCAGAAACCAUCCGGAUAAAGCUCAAUAUAGAAAAGGGAGAGGUAUCCUUCUGGGAUACAGGCAACAACAAGCACCUAUGCACGUAUACUGAUAAAUUCUCCGAAAAGCUGUUCCCCAUCUUUGGCCCAGGCCUCCACCACACACCAAUGACUAUCUUGCCUGCCAAAGUGACCAUACAUAAACAAUAAGUAGACUUGGUGUGCGUCUUUAGCAUACAGACGUGUUAAGUCUAAAAAGUAAGUGGCCAUUCACACAGAAAGUGUUUAUAAAUGGAAGAAUGCAGGUGUUAAUUUAACUUGACACGCUGUCUUAACGCAGCACUUCUGACACGAGACACUGAAAUAGCAGCAAGACGUGUCGCAAUGGUCAAAUACAGUUUUAAAGUCAAAUAAAGUUAUAUAAAAAUAAUAUAUCAGAAAUCCUUGAAAUUCAUCUUAUGCCUUUGUUAAUUGGUCUUUAAAAGGGUUAUAAUUCAUUUUAUGUUGGGAUGAAUUCGUGUACAUAGGAGAUUGUUGUCCAGGAUUUUUUUAGUUUUCUUGAAAUUUGAUUGUCAUUUCUGCUAAACACUAUUGAUUGUUAUAUAGAGAAAGUCUUUUAUAUGAAACACUUUACUAUUUCUACUACUGUUGUAUGAGAACAAUCAACCUAAAUAUUAUUCAGCAGCAUUCACAUUUCCACUUGUCAACUUAUAAGGAAGGGUCUUUCAUUGACUGACUAGUAAUGUGGCACAAGAACUACAUUUAUAAAUAAAUGCAAAAUAUCUCUUCUGUUUUGUUGUUGAAAUGGGCUAAUCUUUAUUUUUCCAUUUUAUUUGCCUUUUGAUUUUGUGCCAUAUUUGGUUUCUUACAAAUAUACAACAUGUUUUAACUGUAUAUAAUAACAGCAAAAUUACAUAAUUAUCUGACUAAACAGA